AUGUCAGAGAAGAAUGAUUUUCAGGAAUUAGAUGAGUUAUAUGAGGAAUUUGGCGUAGUUAUUGUUAAUGAGACUGUAGAGAAGGCGCCACAUGUAACAGAGGACGAAUUAUAUGAAGAGUGGGGAAACGAUAAUGACGACCAACAGGCAGAGUCAAUCAUAGGACGUGUCGUCGAGUUUGUCAACAAUGCUGCAGAGGACAUACCGGAAGGAUCAGAUGAGGAGAGGGGUGAGGGUGGUUCAGAAUCAGAUUCAGACAAUAAUGAUGUACAAUGUAAGUGUAAAAUUAAUUGUUUGGUGCAGUUUGAUGCUGAACAUAUUCAAAGCCACAUAUUAUCGCUCAGGGAAAUGGCAAAAGACCAAAAGGAGAUGUUUAUUAUGGGAAGUCUGUUGAAAAUAGGUGCACAGGAAACCAGGAAAGGUAAAAGGAAAAGAAUAAGAUAUAGAUAUACAUUUGAUGGCAAAACAGUGUGUAAAUCUGUGUUCUGCCACAUCAAUGAUAUUGGACAGAGAACAGUUAAGUCGUUAUUGCAACAUUUAAAUUCAAAUGGACCGGUGCCGCGAAUACAUGGGAAUACCGGAAGAAAGCCACACCAUGCAGUUAAAUACGAGGACGUGCGUUUCUGUGUUGAUUUCCUGGUAUUAUAUGCAGAAAUCAACGGGUUAUCAAUGCCAGCAGCACCACGCGGAGCAGACGAGGCUGCACCUGUUCUGUUACCAUGUAAUACUACAAAAGUGGAUUUACAUUCAAAAUACCAACAUGCAUGUAUAGAAGCCGGCGUAAGAGUUCUUGGAGUAACUACAUUUAAAUGUGUGUGGAAGCAAUGCGUUCCACACAUUAAGAUAAUGACGGCAAAAGAUGACGUUUGCCAUAAGUGCGAAAUGAUAAGGAAAAGGGUUGCUGAUGCUGUACAUGAGGUGGAGAAACUAGAGGCAGCAAACGCUCUACGAGAACAUAUACAGGACGCACAGAGAGAGCGACAGGUCUACAGACAGACAAUAGAAGAGGCUCGGGAGGAAAUGAGGCACACAUCAGUCACAGUCAAUCGACCUGCCCAGCCAUGCACUAGUGAUUUGAAAAAAGUGCACUAUACAUUUGACUAUUCUCAAAAUGUGACAAUACCACACCACAGUCAACAAAUGGGCCCUUUGUAUUUUGUGACUGGUAGGAAAAUACAAAUUUUUGGCGUCCGUGUUGAUUCUGUGUCACAACAACAUAAUUACCUAAUAGACGAGGAUGAAUCGAUUGGUAUGUUAAGAAUAAAUAAAUAA